AUGAAAAGGCAUGUGCUAGUAGCCAUUGCAUUCUUUACACUGGCAAAGCUCACACUGAUGCUUACAUAUAACUACGGAAAAAUGAAAAAUUAUUUUAAAAGAGCUUUUUACAUCUCGUCAAUUGAAAAACAAAAUACAAGGAAUAAUAAUAAUAUUAUGAACGUGACAAUAAUUAAAAAGAGAAGAAAACAAUUUAUUUUGUUGAAAAAGAAAAAUGAAAAUAAUUUUUCAAUAAACGUAUGUACGUUACACAAAAAAAGGAAGGGAAGAAAGGGGGAGCAGCGUUUGUGCAUGUUUAAUGGCACAUAUAAUGAGAGGGAAGCUAGUGAUGUGAGUGAAGCUAGUGAUGUGAGUGAAGCUAGUGAUGUGAGUGAAGCUAGUGAUGUGAGUGAAGCGAGUGAUGUGAGUGAAGCUAAUGGUGAGGGUCAAGCAAACAGUGAAGACAUACUUAACAGUAGGGGCGAACCACAUUAUAAGAACAACUGUAGUAGUCAUGUUACAUGCCAAAAUAGUAAAGACGUUGAGCUAAAAAAUCAGUUAGACUCGGCUAGCUCCUCGGGGCAUGAUGAUGGAGAUGAUAUUGAAGGAGAGGAGGAAGAUAAAGAAAAGAAAAGGAAAAAGGAAAAAAGAAACGAAGAAAGAAUAGCAAGAAAAGUAGAAAAUGAAAGAAGCGAAGGAAAUGAAGGAAGCGAAGGAAAUGAAGGAAGCGAAGGAAAUGAAGGAAGCGAAGGAAACGAAGGAAACGAAGGAAACGAAGGAAACGAAGGAAGCAAAGGAAACGAAGGAGGAAAAGGAAAAAAACAAAUCAGCAAAGUGAUAAGCAAGAGUAAGGGAAAAAAUGGAUUAGGACCCAGUAACAGGGGGGAAGAAGAUUCGGAAUGGAUUCACAGUACACCAGAAGAGAAAAAUCAAAAUAGUUUAGAACAUAAGUUUGACGAAAGUAACAACAUAGAUGGAAAGAAUGACAUGAUAAAUGGAUCAGAGGAGGAUAUGACAAAGCUAAUGAAGAAGUAUUUAAAAAACGAUAAAUUGCUAAAUGAUAAUGAAAAAUUGAAGGGAUUAGAUAAAGACAAAAUGUUAGAAGAGUAUAAUAGAUUAGUACAACUGAUGAAGGAGAGUACCGACAGAAAGAUGAGAGAAUAUAAAGAAAAUGAAAAAAAAGACAUAUAUGAAUUAAAUGAAAGGGUUAUUAACAGUUCUCGUAAAUUGAAUCUUGACAAAUUGAAGAAGGAUAUUGAGAAGUCUUUUACCACGAAUGAUACAAUGGAAAGGAAUAUUCAAGAGUAUAUACGGUUAUUCACUCAGGAGGGGGGUCCUUCGGAUGUUGGGGGGAAUGGAGAUGCUAGAAGUGUUGGAACUGAUGCAGAUGUUGGAGGAGUAGGAAGUGUCAAGCAUACCCCCCUCAACCCCACAACCACCGUAAACCCCAGUAGUGAUGAUUGCUCGAGCAGUGGAGUUUCCAGGAAUUCGCCACUGAGCGAAGGAGAGGAAAAGAGUCUAGGUGAGUAUGCAGGAACAGACACAGAAUUUAUAAAAGAGAAAGAAGAAGAAGAAAACAGAGAAAUACUACGAAAAAUAUACAGAGGAGAUUAUAGUAAUAUAGAUAAAUUUAAUUUUAAGUUUUCAAGAAAGGAUUUUGACAUGAUGAAAAAUAUUGAUGAUAAGGAGAAGGAUGUAAAUGAAGAAGAAAAGAAAUUGAUCGAUGGAAUUUUUACCAAAAUUUGUAAACAGGCAUCGUACAUUGAUGAACUGAGGGAGAAGGAGACGAAACUCUUGCAAUUAUAUGAACAAUACAGGAAGGAAAAUAAAAUAGCGAGGGACGAGAAUCUGGAAAAUUUGAAGUACUACAAUGCAAAGGUAGCGAGGGAGAGUAGGCAUCCGGGGGGAGUAAGCGGGGAAGUCGAUGAAGUCGGUGCAAGUGAUAGAAAUGGUUUAAGUGUGUCUAACUCAUCUAAUGUGCUUAACUCUUCCAACCCCUCUACUGAUUCUAACAGUUGGAGAGGGGGCUCCACCGACGAGCUGAUUAACAAGAGCAUCUUCUUCAACCGAGUGUCAAACAAAUUUGUUGAAAUCAAAGAAGAAGAAAUUAAAGAAAUGAGCGAGAUGCAGAUAAGGGACGAGUUAAGAAAAAGGGGUUAUCCAACAUUCGGAACGUUCGAAGAAAUAAAAAUGAGAUUAUUAGAUAUAAUGAAAAUAAAAGAAAACAAUUAUUUCGAUGUGAGAGAAAUAAUAAAGAAUCCAGAAGAGCAUGUAUUAUCCCAUAUCAAAUUAGACAAAUUAAAAGAAAAUAUAAAACAAUAUAAAGAACAAGAGAAAUAUGGUGAUACUGAAUCAAAGAUCAAACAAGUAGAUUCAGCAAUAGAAAUAAAUAAAUUUUUAUAUGAUCCAGUUGAUUAUUUACGGAUAGAUACAACUAAUAAAUUUAUUAAACAGAAAGAAAUGGAAAAUAAUAUAAAAGACAAUGCAGAUAUUGCUAAAUUACCAAUAGUCAAUGAUUACAAUUUUGAUAAGGAAAUAUCUAUGGCUGAAAAGUUGAAGAAGACGUUUAAUUUUGAAAAUGAUCAGAGGUUACCUGACCAGAUUAAACAGUGUGGUGAUGAUGAAAAUGGACAUAGCGGAAAAAACGAUACAGUCGAUACGAACGAUGAAGAAGAGGAAAAGGAAGAGCAAUGCAGAAGAGAAGUUCUAAAAUAUGGAGGGAUGCAAGAAACCAUUGAAGAGUUUCACAUCAAACAUAAUUUAUCAUUAGAUUUCUUGGGUGAUUAUAUAUGUAAAUUUUCAAAUUCACAUAUACAGGAUGUUAAUAAAUAUAGACAUAAAACAAAAGAAGAAAUAAAAAGGUUAGAGAUGAACCAAUUUGAAUUUCUCAUUUCAGAAAGUUCUAUAAAUAAUAAUUUUAUUGUUUAUAAAUUUGUUGAUACAAAUGAUUUAAUAAAAAAUUAUCUCACUACUAAAAAUAUUGUUACACUUAUUGAAUACUCAAAUAUUGCUGACCCGGUUGAUAUAAUCCAUUAUUACUCACCUGAAACGUUGUUUAUGCUUAGUGAAGAGUAUAACAUUACCAUUGAUAAAGUUAUCGAUGCUUGUACUAAGUUGAACAUUAAACUACCAUACGGUGGAGAUACACACUUAAAUAAAAACUGCUUCAAUUUGCUUACUUGUUAUCUAAAUAAGUACGAACAGCUUAGGAAGGACACGUAG